AUGGCUGAUUGCGAGGAGUCUGACGUCUGCUUUUGUACGCUCUUUUGUUGUGGAGAAGCCCGGGUGGCCUCGGCCAUUAUUGUUGAUGAAGGUCUCUGGCAGACUGUAGUCGCUUGCCCAGCCGAAUGCGGGAUAUCGAUUUCUGGCUGUUUCUGGAACGGCGCAGAGCGUCUUGCUUGUCCGGAGUACGAAGUCCAGUGCGAGGGCGAAGAGUGCAGGAGUUGCCGGGUCGUGUUCUACUCGGUGGAUCCUCGGAGUCUGGUGCCCAUCACCCUUCCGGGUGCCCGGCCUUUCCGAGACGGCCAUGGAGAGGUGGUCUUCCCUUCUGCGCCCUCUGUAGCGCAGAGCUUCUACGGCCAAGCAGAGAUGGAUGCCCUACACGUCCAGACGUUGGGACCUGGCGAAGAGGCGCUCGGCUACUACGAGGUAGCCAUUGGGUCUCCAGGAUCCUUCUUUACACGCAACAGCCUGGUGCUCAUCCCGAACUUCCUCAGCCAGCGUGACUGCCACCUGCUGCGGGCAGCCGCCGAUCAGAGGGUUGCUCUGCAGCCGGCGGCAACAAAGCUGGCUUCGUCAGAGUCGUACGCCGCCUGCCGCGAGGGCCUCGACCGUCUACCGCUUUCUGAUCUGAGCUUUGGGGCUCAGGGGAUUUCGGAGCAGAUCCUGCUACGGCUGCUUGGCUUCUUCGAGGCUUUACCUCCCUUGGCCCAGCAGGUCUUUGAGAGGACGACGGGCUUGUCCGGGCUCCGCUUCACCUUCGCCGCCGGCGAGCCGGCAGUGAACCGUUACGAG